CAGCCAGCUUCAAAGAGACCGCUGGGACCGCGAGCAAAGCGACGGCGCGGAGUUAGGGAAGCAUGUGGUGGCUUUUGUGGCUCGCCCUCGUCCUCCGCACACACGUAACUCCACAGCGACUGCACGCUUGCAAAGCGCUGGUGCGCGUCGCUUCUCUGGCGGGGUCCUCAACCUCCACCCGCCGCUGCCCCAGUGCUUCUGCACAAUAGCGCGGCCCCUUCUCCCUCUGGCUCUCUCUGCUCGCAGCGCAGACACAGCCAGCCCGCUUCCACUUGACCCGAAGUGGGGGCGGCCGGGGGGUGGGGGAGAACACUUGCCACUUCUUGCUUGGCUCAAAAGGAAGGCGCGAUCCGGGAAGUCCUUAGAUCAACUCAUGCAGAAAAAGGAGAAAAGUUUUGGUAUACAAAUGCUCUCAGUCCAGCCAGACACCAAACCGAAAGGUUGUGCUGGCUGCAACCGUAAGAUCAAAGACAGGUAUCUUCUAAAGGCCCUGGACAAAUACUGGCAUGAGGACUGUCUGAAGUGUGCCUGCUGUGACUGCAGAUUGGGAGAAGUAGGCUCUACCUUGUACACCAAAGCCAACCUUAUCCUGUGUCGCAGAGACUACCUGAGGUUAUUUGGAGUAACGGGGAACUGUGCCGCCUGCAGCAAACUCAUUCCUGCUUUUGAAAUGGUCAUGAGAGCCAAGGACAAUGUUUACCACCUGGACUGCUUUGCGUGUCAACUUUGUAAUCAGAGAUUUUGCGUGGGAGACAAAUUUUUCCUAAAGAACAACAUGAUUCUGUGCCAGACAGACUAUGAGGAGGGUUUAAUGAAAGAAGGUUACGCACCCCAGGUUCGCUGAUCCAAUGCCUCAUCACUAAGAAUACCGAAGCACUACAUUUUUAUUCUCCCCCCCCCCCUUGGCUCAACAUGUAUAUAAGAAAUGAUGGCGGAACCUACUGAAUAGCGUAGAUAUAGGGAGACAGGAUGGUCAUGUGGAAUAAAAGGCGGACUGCAACUAUAUGUAGUGGAAAUUGCACCAGUUCACAGUUGAAUGUUUAUUAAAAGAUAAUGUACAUACUGCUGGAGGUUUUUUUUCUUGCUUGCUGUUGGGUUCUCUCUCUUUUUUCCUCUUUGUGUCAUUUGGCAUGAGAUGCUUAUUUUGGACUAAUGUAUAUAAAGUAUUGUAAUAUUUGAAGCACAAAUGUAAUACAGUUUUAUUGUGUUACCAUUUGUGUCCCUGUUUGCUUAUUUGUAUUGUUGCAUUUAGUACAAUCGGUGUCUAAACUUUAUUGUAUAUUUAUGCUUUCUGUAUCUACCAGCUAUUUUGAAAGAGCUGUAUCUUUCUAGUAAAAAAAAAAAAUUAAGACCCAAUCCCAUCCAUUAUUCUCCAUUUUAAGAGCUUCACAAAUGCUAUUGACACUUGAACUAUUUGAUUAAAAUUGAUGGACAAGUUCCAUCCAAAGUUAAGUACUCUCCUAAGUCCCAUUGAUUUCAGUGGGAUAUACUUAAGUACAUGUUUAAAGUUCCCACAGAAAUCAGUGGGAUUUAGAAGUGCUUGACUGGGACUGGAUUACAAUUCUUACAGUAGACAUUGCUAAUAUGACCAAGGUUGUGGAUCUUUUAGUAGAUCUCCUGUAAAUGUUUUUUAAAGCAAAUGAAAUCCCAGCUAUUUUAUUUCACAUGGUUCAUCUGUGUACCAUUUUGUUUUACUAUAGAAUUAGGGGUCCACAUGACUAGGAUUUCUUUCCCAUCCUUAUUGACAGAUGUUUUUAAAUUUAUGGAGCAGGCGGUUUUAAUUAGUUUUUGGCUACUGUGCUCUGUACAGUUUGCCCAAAAUUUCAUUUGCUUGUUUCCAAUAUAACUGGGAAUUAGGAGCUGAGCCCCAGUGCAAAUCAGUGCCUUUGGGUGUCAUGUAAUAUAUUUAUAUAUAUAUUUCUGAAGUUAUUUUAAUGUAGGAUAGUGAUUUCUGCUCCUGUACAGAAACGUUAUUUAAAAAAAGAAAAAUCAGUGUCUUGCCUAAACUUCACUGGGUUUGGGCACGACACACCUAAGAGACUGCCUCCUUUCAUGUGGAUAAUCAGUCUCUCUAACGUUGACCAAGAGUGCCCUCUGGAGGUUCCCUUCUGGGUAUCGAUUGGUCCUUGCAGAGGCAUUCCUAAUGGCUGCCCUACAUCUAUGGGAACUCCUUCAUGCUGGAGACUCGCCCAAAGCUGCAUAAUUUUUUGGAAGCAUUGUAAGGCCUUUUGAUUUGGGCUGACAUUUUGGGGAAUGGAAAUGAAGAACCUCCAGUGGCGUGCCGAAUUUUUAGCAUCUGUUACUUUGUAGAUGUGUUAAUCAAAACUUAACUGGAUAUUGUAUUCUUUGUUUCUUAAUUUAUUGUUAUCCAUUCCAAACUGUUGGGGUGGGGCAGUCUAACAAUAAAUAAAAUCUAAGGAUUGGA